AUGGCCUCAGUAAGAAAGUCCUUGCUUGGUCAACAGAACUCCACGGGAAAUCUCCCAGAGCAAAAGGCUGAUUGCCUCUCGGUUUCAACGAAAACAAGGGCCGAACCGUAGGUUUCUCUUUACAUUUGUGUUUUUAUUUUAGGUAUACAAGAGAAAUGAAGUAAUUUUAUGUCUACUUCUUUCAGUAUUUAUGUUUGCGACCUGCCAUGGGCGCCCUUGCGUGUAUUUCCAAUCCCAUCACUGGAUUUCAACGUUCUGCCAGCCAGGUAUUCCGCUCAGAGCCUUCUCCUGGAGCUGUUCAACAUCUUUGAAAAGAAGCUGGCGAUAGCCUGCAACGACAAUGAAAAUCCAAUCAACAAAACAUUGCGAAGAAUAGAUGACCCGUAUUUGGACAACAUUCUGCGCACUCUACAUGGCGUAUGUGAGGUGUGUUUGCCUCCAGUUCUGAGUGCUUUGAUCAGGUGGCAUGAAGCUCAACAAAAGGUCCCGAUAAAUGAAAACGGAGAAGCUCAAGAGAAGGCGAUGAAGAGAACAUUGGGAGCAAGUUACUUGUAUUGCAUUGCACUCAUUGAGAUCCUUCCACAACUCGUGUUUUACAAGCCGGAAGAAUGCGAACAAUUAGUCAAUCAUAUUCUGAAUACGGCCUUCAAACAAGCUUCUUAUCGAGAUCCGUAAAUUAACUUUUCCUUGGAUUUUCCAUGCUUUUAGUUGAAGUUUCCUUUGAUGAUAGUGAAGCUUCUAUUUUAGCGACAAGUUUGGUGUCAACAUCAAGAACUCGCUGUUUGUCGCGGAAAUCUUUGGAGAAGUGAUUGGAGUAUUCUCCCAGACCCAUUUUACGCUCGUCCACAAGAUGUUCAGCCAGCACUUGGAUGCGCUGAGGAAGGAGAGCCCUUUUACGAAUCUGACAGUCCAGAAAAUCAUCGCUUUGUUGAUGGCCAUGAAAUUCUUUCGGAUAAAAACAAAUCAAAUCGAGGACUUCGAGAUGGGAGUCAAGUUCCUAAACGAGAUUGGAUCUUAUUACCUAGAAGUUGAUGCCAAACAAAAAGAAUUGAAGCAUUCAUUGGCCGGAUUGCUUGUGGAGAUUCUGUUGCCAGUAGCAGGGGUAUGUCACCAUUUUUUGCUUGUGUGAAGAAACUGUUUGUAAUUUUUUAUUCAUUUUUUUGUUUUAGGACAUCAAGACCGAAGCCAACGUCCCUUCUUUAAUCGCGUUUGUCGAUAAAAUGUAUGGCCCAACCUACGAAUUGGUAAAUAAAAAACAACAUAGGAUGACUGCGUAUCCUCUGUUGACUUGCCUCUUGUGUAUCAGUCAAAACAAGUUCUUCUUGAGCAACUGGGUCCAGUUUCUAAGCUUAACCUUGGCAAAUCUCAAGAAUAAAGAUCCGAAAACUGCCCGUGUUGCUUUGGAAUCACUUUAUCGUCUCUUAUGGUAAGUCGUUCUUAUUAUUGCAUUCUGUUUUUAGGGUAUAUUCGAUACGAAUUAACUGCGAAGGGAAUUCCGCAACUAGAAGUCGUUUGGAGUCAAUUUGUUUUUCGCUGUUCCCCAAAGGAAAUCGGAAUGUGAUACCGAGGGAAUCUCCGGUUAUCAUUUUUGUCAAGAUCAUCCAUUUCAUUGCAUAUCAAAAGUUGGAUUUUGCUUUCAAGGUAAGCAAAUGUCAUAUUUGAGAUGGUUUUGUCUAAUAUUUUUGUUUUAUAAUAUCGAAUCAUGUAGGCUGUUUUUCUGUAUUUGGGGUCUAAUGAAAAUAUGAUUAAAGAUGAUGUAUGCUACUGUUAUGCUUUCAGGAAAUCAUUUUCGAUCUCCUCGGCGUCAAUCGUCUCUCAUCCAGGUCGAUUUCAAUAUACCCAGAGAGAAUGAACAUAGGCCUGAGAGCACUGAUGGUUAUAACUGAUGGUCUGCAGCAGAAAGAUGGUCCUCCAGGAAUGCCGAGAGCCACCGGGCCCGUCCCAGCUUCCGGCACAAUCCAAAGAAUCAAGAAGACUUACAUCACAAGACCCCUCACUCCGGAUAUUGCCCGAUCAAUUGGACUCGACCAGUAUUAUUAUCCAUGCAGAAAGGCCUUCGAUGUGAUAUUGAGGACUUUGGAUGCACAACUUGGCCGUCCCUAUCUACUUACGUCGACCCAAACUCGGGGAAAGGAGAGCAUUGACUUUCAAACGGGCGAACUCAAACCCAAAAUGGACCUCUUCCGGACUUGUAUAGCUGCCAUUCCUCGACUACUACCCGAUCCAAUGACCCACACUGAACUCAUCGAACUUCUGACUCGAAUCUCGAUCCAUGUUGACGAUGAUCUUCGAACCACCGCCUUCCAAACUCUUCAGCAUUUGGUUGCGGAAUCUCCGGACUGGCGAGAGGACAUCAUUAAUGCUCAGUUGAGUUUCAUUACGAAUACAAUCCAAGACACCUUCCCUUCGCUGAUAGAGACGACUGUAAGAUGCCUUCUUCAAUUACUCUGCACAUGGAAGUCUUCGGUCUUGGUGGAAAAGAAGAACAUGGAAGGGCAAAAGCCCAAUGAACCGAUCUCUCCGUUUACGAAUAGAACGAACACAAAAAGACAGGCUACUUCCUCGCAGACUACGGUAACGUCCUCUUCGAUCGCUGAUUCGGUCCAUUCUCCGGACGAAACUCAGGUAAGAAGACACUGAAAGAUUUAGUUUUGGCUGGUAUAAUAUUAUGUUGCUUUUCGAAACGAAUUCUUAAUUUGAGGGUGCACAAUCGACCGUCAGUAACUGCUCGGACACCGGCAGUCCUUACAAUCGAAUCCAUCUCCUCAAUCAAUCCCUAGUAAUUGCCAAUCCAACUGCUGCCGCCAUCCAUAAUGUGGAAGGAUUCGCUCUUGUCCUCCUAUGCCAAUUGCGAGCCCAAGCCAAGAAGAUGUCAAUCCAAUUGCUGAAGGAAUGCCGCCAUCUCCUCCAGAUCGUCAAUAUCGAAAUCCAUGACAAACCGAUGAUCAAUGUGCUAGAUGAGAGCACUUCGUAUGUUCUGAACAAGUAUUUCGAAUAUGUCCCACUGAAUGAGCGCCAAUCGUGGGGAACGGACUUUGUCUCAACUUGUGAUAGACUCUCCACAUUGGAGACGGACACUUAUUUGGUGAAUUCGGAUAAAGGCAACGAAUAUUUCAAAUGGGAUGCAUGGGCGUCGGCGCUGAGUGGAUACUGCGAAUAUCAUCUAAUUCCGAGCCAAUGCCCUACAGCGGUAAGUAAAGGGAUCUCAGAAAACUAUGCGGACGCAUAUUAAGAAGGUUUUUUUAUAAUGUGGAAUAGGUUAUUUGACAAUAAAAAAUUGACUUACACUUGUUCAGGUCGCAUUUGCGUGGCCGGCGCUGUUCAUCCGGUUCAAUCAUUGCACCCAAUUCGUCGAUCCCUCAAAUUAUGAGACCAGAGCCUCAUUGCUAAGAUCCUCCAAGUCAAAAGCGACCGCUUCCUCCAUGUGUGGAGAGACAAUUGGCCAGGAAAGCUACCUCAACCUCUGGCAGAAGUACCUCGUCGUUUGUUGCGCUUUAUGCCCUCCGGUGAAUUCCGUCGGAAAUCCGAGAAGCUUCUCCCCGAGUGUUGCUCUUGAUCAGGAUGUGGUACGGGUUUUAUUUUAUUCGAUUACUCGCUCUAAUACCACUGAUAAUGUUCGUCUUUGUAGAUACGGUCGAUGUCCUCCUCAACUCGGAUUGUCCGCCCUCCGACCACAAACUCAGCCCCAUUAUUCGUCAAGAUUUGCUCCAUGCUCCGAUGGGAAAUGAGUGAUAUGAUGGAUUUUGUGGUCCUCGGCGUGGGAUCCCUCAGCCCAAUGUGCUUUGAAUAUCUACUGGAAGAGAUGACCAAUCGAGGGAUUUUACGGGAGGCCCAGGAAAAGAAAGUCAGAUCCAGGAAUAAACGAAGAGACCUUCUUAGGCUACAAUUGCUCAGAAUACUGGAAGUCGCAGUUUUUCGGGGAUUAUUGGUUCAUGGAACCUUAACUGACCCUCAAACUGGACAAUUGACCAAUGUUUUGAUAAAACUAAUAGACUCCCUGAGGGAAAAUGUCGUUUCGGAAGUGGUAAGAACAUUUUAUUUAUUUUAUAAGAUUCUGUAUUUAAAAAAUGAUUAGAAAGCCAAAAUUCCAUUUAUUCAUCUUCUAGGAGCGAGACAUUACGGUAGUAACCUCCCUCCGCCUCCACUUCGCCAAGACCCUGACCUUGAUCGUGAACACUUUGCCCAUCGACCGUCGAAAGAACCUCCUGCCAGAUGAUUUGAAACGCGAACUUGUCCAGACCAUGUUCCGUUGGUGUGGCCGUACCAUCGCCACCAAUGAACGAACCACCAUCAUGCCCGAAAAAGAAGUCGGCACUUUUGUGGAACAACAAUCGGUCAGCGCACUGUGCGCCCUUCUCUGUUGCGGCCCAAUCAUGAAUGAGAAAAACGACGAAGAUUACUCGUUCAGGUUGGUCAAUGGCUGGUUUGUAAUUGCAAAUUUUUUUAGAAUGUUGGACGCUCUUCUUGUCUCCACCAAUCAGACGGUUUGUAAUCUUUUUGACGACACUCUGGCCACCAUAUUGCACUUGAAUGAUCAAUCCAACAGUCUGUUCGAAUGGACUGUCAACAUGUGUUACAGUAAGAACAGCACGGUCGCGUCGAAGGCGUUCAAAGCUCUGGUUUUGCUGUUUUCUAGGCGGUAAGGAUAUUUUUUUUAUUUUGAUGUUAUAGUGGACACUUGUAGUUAUAUAAUUGCCUGUUCCUAAUGUUUCAGAGAGUUUGCCUGUGACUUUGUGACCCUCUUUGUGCUCUGCCAAGUCUACGCGCUGGACUCGGAUUCCUCGGUUCAAACUUCGGCCAUUUUGUUAUUGCAAAUCCUCCGUCGUCAAGGUCUGGAUUACGCCUUUGCCACGGAACAAAACGAGCAGAACAUCCUUAAUGACAGUGGAAAUCAUCUGACUAUGGGAGCCUCGGCCAAAUUACUCGCUGAUUUCGCCGAUAAAACCCCAAAUCCGGAUGAUAUUUUCCCCAUAAAUUACUCCACCAUCCUCCAGCAGUUGUCCGAAACCUACCCGAAGGUCACAAUGUCAAUAUUCUCGGAGAUUUGCAGCCGUUUGGAGAAUGCGAAGACCAAUCGUCAAGCCGCGAUGCUUAGCAUCCUUCUCCAUUGGAUCACAAACAUCGAAUUGGUCGAUCCUUUUUGCGAUUUUCAGGUAGGAUGACGGGAUAAAAGUAUUUUAAAUGAGAUUUUACUUGUUUUAAAGACCAAGAUGUAGUUAUGGAUUGGAUAAAAGAUGAAGUUUCAGGACAAUGAAGUCAAUCUAGAAGAAAAUGAACGGAAAACUGGAUGGGGAUCAGCUGAAGCCACCCAACUUUUACUCAACAACCUCGUCUACAUCAGCGUCAAGUACAGCGCGGAACACAGUGUCGAGAUUGCGGCCCUCUGGAAAUGUCUGGCCACCUCAUAUGGCCCCAAUCUGAAUAUUAUUGUCCAUUUUCUUUUCGUCAUGAUGUCUCUGGCACCGGAUUUCUUCAUUCCGGUGGCUAAGAAAAUAGCAGAACACUUGUUGAAUGCCACCGGAGAUCAGUUGAUAACUCUGUUGAUCGAACAAUUGAAUAAUGGAGGCGAUACAUUCCGAAUGAAUUUGGUCCGCAGUGAGAUCCCACCUUAUUUUAGGUAAUAAAUGUCUAAAAAAAUUGUUUUUAUGAUGUAUUUUUAGAUGGCACAAUCAGAUCAACGAAGAGCGAGAAGAAAAGGAAGGAACGGAAGACACGGUCAAAGAAGCGGACCUCUCCAAUCUUUCCGAAGCUACCGUAACCCAAAAGGAAUCCCAUUUGAAUGAGACAAACAAAGUGUCCGAUCUGAAUCCCGACAAUUCCAUUCCAUUUUCUCUGGACGAAAACAAAAAGAACCAUGUGAGACAACUUCCAAUGCCCGCUUAUGGAGGCCAUUACUCAAGUCUGGCCGCAUUCCUCCCACCCACAACGCAACCCAUCACCUACUUCAGCAAGUCCAACUUGUCUUUGAUUUUGCUCAGCGAAUUGAUCGGCGCCGAUCAUGAGAAACCGGUGAAUUGGUAUCAGCACACACCCACUCUUCUUAAUAUUGCGGUCACUUCCCUGGAUUCGUUGAGGUCUUUGGUCUGUCGACAUUCAAGGCUGACCAUCUUGAGGUUGUGUUUGUUGAAUACGAAACCUUCAGUCAACACUUGGCAAGUGGCCAGUCUUUUGUUAUCGAAUCAGGUGAGAAAAAGGCUUUUGUCAUGGGUUUUAAUUUAAAAAAAUUAAUGAAUAGAUCAGACAAAAGUUUGGCAACAGUAUGCAGAUGUUAUACUAGGUUGGAUUGAGUGAUUAUUCUGUCGAUUCAGGUGGCAGCUCGGCAAACCGACCUCUUUGAUGGCUUCAUCAACCCGUUUAUUGACGGGAAAACUGCUUUGAGUUCAACUGCCGAAACCCUGGAGCCAUUCUCGGAUCAGAAACAAGAGGAUUAUCGGAGGCAACUCUUCUUUGACAAUGCCAUCUUUUCCUCGUCCACCGAACUUCUCCUCACAUUAUCUUCGUGUCUAACUGACAGGUAACUAUCGUUAAUAUUUUUGACGUAUAUUCCCCCUAUUGGGAAUUUGAGAAUUUUAAAUAAUUAUAUUAUUUUACAGAAUGGACCGACCCCUCUGGGCAUACGAAGAUAUCAGCACACGGAACUGGCACAUUGACUCUGCCGAUCAAUUGGGAUGCUUCUGUCGUCAUAUUGCCGAGUAUUUCAUCGAUUCGAUCCCCAAAAUCGCAAUGGAGUGGACUACAAUAGCCUUGAAAGUGGCGUUGUCGACCAAUAAUCGGCAUGUGGCUGGACGAUGCUUCCAAAUCGCUGGUGCUCUUUGUCAAUCACUGGCUCCUUUCCUUUCGCAGAUCCUGUCCAGACUUACAGAGAUUGCUGGAGAAUACUCGGAAGACGUUCAGGCCUAUCUGACUCACAUGCUUCUUUGUGUUCAUGCCGGGAUUCCCAAUAUAAUCGAGAAGAGUUCGAAUCCGAUCUCAAUGGAUACGGAAUUGAAGGCCUUGUCGCCGGCAUCGUCAACUCAUAACCGAUCCAUCUCGCAUACCCCCGGGCUAUUGCAGAGACCACAAACGGCUGGGGUAAGGAAAAUUUGAAUGGAUGAUAGUGUAUUACAAUAUAAUUUUAUUCCAUUUUUUGUAGCUACAAUCUCCGGAUCGACGCCCCGUUAGUCCCAAUCAGUCACCCAUCCAUCAUCCGAACCUUCAAAACACCAAAAAGGACACCCGGCAUUCUCUACUCAUCGAAAAUGAACUUGUACUUGACCCAAUCCCUACAAUUACUCGCUGCAAAUCAGCGCAAAUGCUCGCUUCCACAAGCCGAGGACUGAAAGAAGAAGCUGUUCAGGCCCUAUCUCAAGUAGUCAGCAUGUGUGUGUGUCUUCUGGAAUCUCAAAUUGACAAUGAAUAUCUGUUGGCGGUGCAUUUACUCAAAAGAAUUUUCGAUUCGACUCAAAGCAAUGCCGAAGAAGUGAUCGAACGAUUCGAAGGGACAAUCCGACAGCUGAAUUGGAAAGAUUUCAAUGGAAUUGUCGCGCUCUCGACCAAAGGCGUCAUCUAUCCGUCGGGAUACGAAGACUCGGUCUCCAUUUUGACAAGAUCCAUCGAAUUCCUGGAUUAUCCGGCGAUUGGAAAUAAACAACAGGUCCCAUUGAUCAUCAUCUCCACCCUUCCUUAUUGUCUGUUGCAUUUUGAUUCCCCAACAGAGACGAGUAUUUUGUUGUGCAGACAGAUUGCUGCAUACAGUACGAAGAUGAUGAUCCAGGAUGAGGCCAAGGACGUUACAGAACAUCCACUUCAGAAUUUGAUUACGGUAGGUGUUCAAGAGAAUAGUUAUGUCGGAAAGGGGGUAUACAUAUAUGAUUUGUGCGGACCUUUGGUACCAUUUUUUCAUAAUAAUCCGUUUUCAGAUGGUCAACCAAUACUGUGAGAGCCAAUUCGCCCGCGAUCGCCUUCAAUGGGCCAAGUGCGUGAUCAACUACAUGAUCGAUGGCUUCAAACCCGACCUCACGGAACUGGUCGUCUAUCUCACCGAGUGCCUGGAGAAGUGCCAAGUCGCGCUUCACUUCUAUAUCCUCAAUCUGAUCCAUCUUGUGAUCACUCAUGGCGAUUGGACAAACGCCUCACCCCUCCCACUGAACGCCCAUGUCAUUCGAGUGGUGACAAAACACCUGCAAUCUGUGAAUUGGCGGGAAGCUGGAAGAAUUCUGAAGGCAAUUCUGGAUCAAUGGAACAGCAUCAGUGUAAAUGCAAUCAACGAUGUAGAGGUGGGUCGAACAUUAUUAGUUAAAUGUUAUAAAUGAAAUGACUGUGAUGUAAUGCAAAUUUUUUUAGGUGAAUACGGAGCAGAGGAAGCCAGAUUUUGACAUUUAUAUUGACCGUCCUCCACCUUCUGAACCAUCCAUUGUCUCUCCUCAAAGCCCGCGGAAAUUGGCUCCCCAGCCAUCGACGGGCAAUGCUGAUAGUCUGAAACGGCAGCAGAUUUCUUCUCAGGUAUUUUUUUUUGUUUGUUCCGCCUUUAGGGUUGAUUUUUAUCAAGCGUCGUCUGAUGUAUUCAUUUGAACUACCAAUAUUGUUCUAGACAAAGGUCAGAGAACGACUGGUCACACUUAUGACCGCCUCUGGCCUCCCCGUCGGCCUUCCAAGAUCGUCGUCGGUGAUUUUCUCACAAUCGUCCAGCGAUAUUCAUCAUGAAGACAACACAAGACCACAGAACAUGCCAACAAGAGCAUCCAAUUCUCAAUACUCAUCGUCUGAACUCAUCUCCCAUCAAGAUGAACUGGAAGCGAUGUCAGGGUCGAGCAUGGCCAAUGCUGGAAACGAGAGCAUGACCACGGAUUCCUUCCCGAGGGUCUUCAAGGAGUUUGAUUUCUUGGAGGUAUGUGGAUGCUAUAAUUUAUGUAUUUUUAAAUGAAUUCUUGACAUUUCAUUGAUUUCAGGCUGAACAUGACACGAUCUCAGAGUCAAAUGACAGUUGUUUCAACUACUUGUCGACCAUGCGUCCUCAGCAUCGAAUGUCCAAUCACAUUGAUACAGAAGAGCCGGAGAAUGAUGGAGACAAUGAGGAUGACUUCCUCAAUCCAAACGAUGAUGAAGAAUACGAAGAAGACGAUGAUUUGGAGAUGUCUGGAAGUGGCCUUUCAUCUAAUAUUACAGUCAGCUCAAGAGGGAACAUUGUCCGACAAUUUGGGCCUAAAGGAAGAAGGAGAAUUCAAAGAGCGGCACAGCGAGUUAGAAGACCACUCAGUGGAGGUAUGAUGGAUAAAAAUUUUGGGUUUGGGGAGUGUGUUGAGAUGUGGUCCACUUGAUUUUGAAAAAAAAUUUGUUUCAAAUUUAUGGAGGGUUCUUUUGUCGGUAUAGAGGUGACUAUGAUUGAUUUUAUUCUUUCAGCCAGCGAUUCCAACGACGUUUCCUCGGACCGAACUCCCGUCCAAUCGGUUAAACACAGCGACGCCUCUUUAUCCUCAUCAGAUUCGAGUGACGAUGAAUUGGAGGAAGACGACGACUUCCCCGCCGAUUCAAACCCAACCUUCUCGUACUACAAUGCCACCCACGAACCAACGCUCUCGGUCUCAACCCCACACACUCGUCCGAUCUCCCAUCAAAGUCCAAUUGAGACCAACUCGACGACUUCAUUCCAAAUCGCUGAUGAUACCACUGCAAUGAUGGAGACGGCAUCUUCAGUUCAAUGCAGAUCAGAGUACUCGUCGAGUCAACAAGUUUCGGAUACGAUGUUGAGUCGACAGUGCAAGUUCUAUCUGGAAUGUAAUCAUCAUAUCAGUGGAUUGGUAAGUGAAAUAUAAUUUAUGUUGUAUCUCGGAUGUUGUCGAUUAAUGGCAAACUGAACAGAUUUUUUUGUGGAUUAAGAAGCAAGUUUGUGACGUGUUUUAUUUCUUUUUACUUUCAGAACGAACGUCAGUGGCUGUCGUUGUCAGCUGAAGUGAUCGGAGACCAAAAUGGAGAUCUCACCGCCAAUUCCAUCCUAAUAUUCAGCCAGAUCCUGAGGGAGAAUUGUGUCCGGUUGUCCAGUUUACUCCGGGAUGCCUCCCACAUGCUGUCCAGUAAUAUUACGGUAUCUACCGACCGGCCAGUCCGAGAUGUCUCGGUGUAUUUUAAUCAUGCUUUGAAUGCCAUCCUCAAGUUGGGAGAGUUCCCAUUUAUCUUCACCACUCCCCACUUUGUAAGUACUGUUAUGGUUGUGUUUGAUUUUAGAUUUACGGUUGGAUAAUCAUUGAAUUAUAUUUGUUUUGGCAUAAUCGUUUUCUCUUUUCAGUUGAGAGCCACGAAUCUACUGCAAUCCCAACAAGACAUGAUCUAUUUUCUGCAUCAACACUUUGAGACAUUCAUGGAGAAGAGAGAGCAAUGUAUUAGAGCCCUGAAUCAGAUGAGAGCAUCCCUCAAAUUACAAACUCUAGGAUCUCAGAAGGAGAAUAUAAACAAUCAAGAGAUGGAGCUCUGCAAAUGCUUUGAAAGACUCUUCUUCCAAUUGUUGAGCAUUCUCGAGAGAUUCAAGGGAAUUAUUGGGCUGAUCAAGAGCUCUCCCAAUUCAGAUGUAAGUUUGGGAAGGAAAUUUUUGAGGGAUUGAGUGCUUCUUCCUAUUCGACUACAAUAUAGGUGCCAUUCUGUUUUUUAUUGAUUAAUCCGAUCAUUUUAGGAGUUCGACUUGUCCCCAGCAGUCUCCCGUCUCCAUCAUGACCUCCUGGAAUCGGUCAGUGACGUCCCGUUGGGCGAUACAAGAACCUCGACCACUUCUUUGAAUGUCCCACUAAACGAACAACUCAUCGAUAAACUGUUCCUUCAUUUGACCAACAAGAACUUCCGGAAUGCGCUAAUUACGCUCAGACAAUUGAGGUGGGAGAUUUGUCUUUCAUUAGGUUUUUACGUUUUUUUUAUAAAAUAAUUUUUAAUUUUUAUUUCAGAAGUCAAUAUGGAAGUGAGUUCGGAUGUUGUGAUCACAUGGAUGUAGAUGUUCUUCUCGUCCAAUUCUGUCGCUCUCAUCGCCUCAGGACAUGGGCUUUGAUUGGAUCGUUGGACUCGUUAAAUCAAGGUUCCGAUCAUCUGAAGGAAACGAAUAUGCAAAUGAGUGCCCUGGUCCGUUCCAUGGAAAGAGAAACCUCUGUGCGAUCGUCAAGAGUGGGAUCAGUCACGGAACCCUUCCAAUAA